CCCGCCCGGGAUCCCGGGAGCUGUCCGGCCGCCUCGGUGCUGAUCCCGCCGCCGCCCACGGGCCGCGAGCAGCGUAGAGAGGGCACUAUGAGCGGGGGCGUCUACGGCGGAGAUGAGGUGGGGGCGCUCGUCUUUGACAUUGGCUCCUUCUCAGUCCGAGCUGGGUACGCUGGGGAGGACUGCCCCAAGGUGAGCCUUCCAGUCCCCUCCCCAUAUCCCAGGGGCUCGGACACCCUCUGCCAGGCUGACUUCCCCACCACUGUGGGGCUGCUGGCCGCAGAAGAGGGGGGCGGGCUGGAGCUGGAGGGGGAGAAAGAGAAGAAAGGGAAGAUUUUCCACAUCGACACCAAUGCCCUGCACGUGCCUCGGGAUGGAGCAGAGGUCAUGUCGCCCCUCAAGAAUGGCAUGAUUGAGGACUGGGAGUGCUUCCGAGCCAUCCUGGAUCAUACCUACAGCAAACAUGUCAAGUCCGAACCAAACCUGCACCCAGUACUCAUGUCGGAGGCUCCGUGGAACACUCGGGCCAAGCGGGAGAAGCUGACAGAGCUGAUGUUCGAGCAGUACAACAUUCCUGCCUUCUUCUUAUGCAAGACGGCCGUGCUCACAGCCUUUGCAAAUGGACGCUCCACAGGCCUGGUGCUGGACAGCGGGGCCACCCACACUACAGCCAUCCCAGUCCAUGAUGGCUAUGUCCUACAGCAAGGCAUCGUCAAGUCACCCCUGGCCGGCGACUUCAUAUCCAUGCAGUGCCGGGAGCUCUUCCAGGAAAUGGCUAUUGAUAUCAUCCCUCCUUACAUGAUUGCUGCCAAGGAGCCUGUACGGGAGGGAGCACCCCCAAACUGGAAGAAGAAGGAGAAGCUACCCCAAGUCUCCAAGUCCUGGCAUAACUACAUGUGUAACGAGGUGAUCCAAGACUUCCAGGCCUCUGUACUGCAGGUGUCUGAUUCCCCUUACGAUGAACAGGUAGCUGCACAAAUGCCCACAGUGCAUUAUGAAAUGCCCAAUGGCUACAACACAGACUAUGGUGCUGAGAGACUUCGCAUCCCUGAGGGCCUGUUUGAUCCCUCUAAUGUCAAGGGCCUGUCUGGGAACACCAUGCUAGGAGUGGGUCACGUGGUCACCACCAGCAUCGGCAUGUGCGACAUCGACAUUCGCCCGGGUCUCUAUGGCAGUGUCAUUGUCACUGGCGGCAACACUCUGCUUCAGGGGUUCACAGACAGACUUAAUCGGGAGCUUUCCCAGAAGACCCCACCGAGCAUGCGGCUCAAGCUUAUCGCCAGCAACAGCACCAUGGAACGCAAGUUCAGCCCCUGGAUUGGGGGCUCCAUCUUGGCCUCACUGGGCACGUUCCAGCAGAUGUGGAUCUCCAAGCAGGAAUAUGAGGAGGGAGGGAAGCAGUGCGUGGAGCGGAAGUGCCCCUGAAGUUGCCUCCUCCCCCAAAUGCUCGCCCACCCCAUCCACAGCGUUGUAGGGAACCGCCAGAGGGGCGUUCUACCAGCCAGAAAUCCAAAAGCGCUGAGCCCUCUGUCAUAUCCCACUGCCCUCUUCUCUCUUACCCACAUCUUCUUAGACUGUGACGAUCCUGAGUUGAAAGAAGUAAAAAAAGAAAAAAAAAAACUUUUAUGAAAA